ACCCCUUUCCCGCAGGACCCAGAUCGCCAGACUUUUUGUUGCCCCGAAAAGUCCCUUCUUUUCCUUGUCUUCAUUGAAAUGCAGAGCCAAACCGACCCUUAACCAAAAUCUCAAUCUUCUUCUCGCCACCGCAGAUUCCCUUCCGCCAUGUUAGAGAUCUUACCGAUAGCCGAAAUUUAGGCGCCUGUUUCGGACAUGGGGAAUUGUGUUCUUGUUCGUAGACACCGAAAAUCUGUUUCCGAAUUCAAGUGGUCGGUCGGUUCCGAGACGGUCGUUAAUGUGCCCUCCCAAUCCAUUAAAGCUAUCGUUUUGGAGAAGGAGAUCCGCAGGCUCUGUUCCAGUCCUCUGUCUUCACCAAUGAACCACGUUCCCUGUUCUCCAGAUUUCAGUAAAGGCGACGAGAUAUUCUUCGAUUCUCAGGCCUGGUUGGACUCUGACAACGAAGAUUUCUUCAGCGUUAAUGGAGAUAAUACGCCGUCGCGCGGCAGCACUCCGAUAAGGCGUCCGAACGGCGUGGAGACGCCGCCGGCUGAGCCAUCUCCGAAAGACGGGAAGAAGCAGCUGUUUGAGCUGUUUCGCGACAGUUUCAACAGCGAACAAGGAAGAUCGUCAAUAGCAAAUACAAGUAAUCGCCACGUGGAGGUCGUAAAUGCGGAGGGUAAUAAUAAGAAGCCGAGUUUGAACAAGAGGCGUUCGAGAUCGGUGAAAGGAAAAUCGGCGCAGUCGACGCCGUGCUGCCUUCCGGUUCCGAACUUGGCGCGGAGCCUGAGCCUUGGCGAUAAGAAGAAGCGGCUGUUGAGCCCUUGCCACGGCGGCGGAUGACUACACCUUCGACCCCAUAUUUCCACGUGUCUCUCUGUAAGUGUAAACUGUAAACUACUGGGAAUUAAUGUUUUCAAACUUCAAAAUCUGUUUCAAUAAUAUUUUUGUUUUUGUAAUA